AAGAAAGCUACUGUAUCCACCCACUGGUCCUCUUAGAAAAAGGCUCUGCAACAACGUCAUCCUCUGCCUUUUCCCCGGCUGCCGGAGUUCAUCUGGGGCCAUGAACGGGGACAAACGUCCGCCGGAGGUGGAACCGGAGACGACGGAAGAGGAGGAGGAGGAGGAGGAGGAGGAGGAGGAGGAGGAGCGGACUGACUUGCUGCGGAAGACAUUUCGUCAAGACGCCCAAUCUAGCAUUUCUUCAUCUGACAGCGAUGAAAUGUACUCGCAGUCGGAGGAUUCUACUUCUCAGCGACCUAAAUUCGUCAUUCGAGAUGAACAGGAACAAGAACAAGAACAAGGUACUGGAUUUUCUAAUGGAUCUUCCCGGUUGGAAACUGAUGGUGAUCAUGCUGUUAUUUACGAAGUAAACCCCACUGAUGAGAUUGAAGAUGUCACAGCAAGGAAAACAGGUGUGCGAAAUGGUACCGCGAUCAUGCUCCAGCGUGAUCAGAUCCCUUUAACUGUUGCCAAUCCACCAUCCAAGGGGGAAAUUUUGGAGCAGGCUUCGUAUUAUACCUCUCUUGAUAAUGGGAGUACUGCAAGUAAAACAGUGGAGUUAAGGACAGAAAAUGGAAAUGAAGUGGCUGAUUUAUAUCUUGAAAGGAUAUAUGAGAAACCCAGCUCGCAUAAUUUCUACUGUCCUAACUGUCAGGCUUGUGUCACGAAGGUGAUUAUACGCGAUAAGGAAUGGGUAAAUAAUACUGUUUCUGUAGCAAUUCCUACUCAGGUUGAUAAAGUCAGAUGCACGUCCUGCCUCAGUUUCCUCACCCCUAUAGGUACAUGGCUCUUUCCUAAAUUGGUUUCUCCCGAGGAAGAAGUUUCAACUGGACUAGGAAAUAACGAUGAAAACAUAGGGAUCAGAGAAAGAGAGACAUUACAGGUGUUAACGGAAAUAAGAGAUAAUCAAGCAAGUCAAGUUAAUGGAGCUGCAAUUCUCGAUCAGUCGGUUGGUUAUGCAGUAACCGAUAAAAAUGAAGGUGAUCAUGAUGUAACACUGGCUCGUCCUACAUUUAUAGCAACAAGUGAUGACGGAAGAAUUGUGCAAGAGGAAACAUUGUAUAAUGGGAAAGUUGUACCUGAUCAAUCAGUUGGUAAUGCGGUAGCUGAUCAAACACAAAAGAGAGAUUGUGCAGUACCUGAUCCAACGUCAACUCAUUUUUCACUUCACGCAAUAAUCACCGAUAAAGCAGUUGUACUUGAUGAGGAAAUGAAUAGCAAACAAGGAAAAAUGACUGAGAGCAACAUAGUUGGAAGACCAAAUUCACUGCAAGAAUUAGCUGAAACAAUAUAUGAUCAAGAAAUUCAAGCUGCUUCCAUAAAUAAACCUCAAGUUCCUGAUCAGCUAGUUGAAUUUAUUGUGUUGACGGAUGAUAAAACCCUAGAAACUAAAGUAGAUUCUACAGUUGAUCUGGACGGACACGAUGGUGGGGCUAAAGAUAGGAAGAAAGGAAACAUAAUUGAGAGCAUCGCAGUUGGAAGAACAGACCCAUUGCAAAAAUCAGCUGAAACAAUGUAUGAUCAAGAAAUUCGAGCUGCUUCCAUUAAUAAACCUCAAGUUCCUGAUCAACUGGUUGAAUUUAAUAUGUUGAAGAAUGAUAAAGCCGAAGAAACUAAAGUAGAUUCUACAUUUGAUUGGAAUGUACUUGAUGGUGCUAAGGAUAGCAAGAAAGGAAGUGCUGUUGAUGAGGAUAUUGUAGUUGGAAUAGCAUACCCAUCACAUGAGUCAAAUGGAUCUGUGCUGGAUGUAGAUAAUCAAGCUUCAACAGUAGACAUAGUUCAAGUUCCAAAUCAGUCAAAUGGAUUUGCAAUAUUAUUGGAGUCUGAAAUAGAUACUAAAGCCAAUUCUACACCAGGUCUCACCUCUCUUGAAGCAAUGGUAACAGAUACACUGGAUGGCAAAAACGGUAUUGAUAUUGAGAAUGUUGUGGUUGGAAUUCCAAACCAAUCACAAGAGCCGAAGGGUGGACUGCUUGAUCGAUUUAGUCUAUCUGCAUUGAUAAACAGAGCUCCUGUUCCUGAUCAUUUAGCUGGAGUUGCUAAAACAGAGAUCCCGAAAACACCUGAACCUGUUGUAGCCACCGUGCCUGAGUCUUUACCAGAUUCUCGUUCCCUCAGAGCACCAACUGCUGAGAAUGUACUGGACACUGCAGUGGACAGUCGCGAAGGACCUGUAGCAAUACCCAUUGAUGAUUCAUUGGAUGAACAAGUAGAUUCAGAGCCAAGUAGGUUUAACGGGUGGGAAAUUGUGAAAAGCAUAGUUUAUGGUGGUUUAGCUGAAUCAAUUACAAGCCUUGGCAUUGUGGCAUCUGCAGCAAGUGCUAAUACAGCAACAGGGAACAUUGUAGUUUUGGUGUUGGCAAACCUGAUUAGUGGGCUUUUUAUUCUUGGACAUAAUUUGGCAGGACUCAAGAGCGAGCAGUUCAGAAGGGCGCCUAAUGAAACAGAUGAUCAACAACACGUGGACCGAUAUGAAGAAGCACUCGGAAACCGAGAGAAUUACAUUCUACAUUACAUGGUUGCUAUCUUAUCCUUCGUAAUAUUCGGCAUGGUUCCUCCUCUGGUUUACGGGUUCUCAUUCACCAAGAGCAAUGACAAAGAUUUCAAGCUUCUAGCAGUAGCAGGAGCUUCUCUUUUAUGCAUCACAUUGCUUGCUAUUGGGAAGGCUCACACUCAAAGACCAAAUAGGUGGGAUGUGUACGUCAAAACGGUAGCAACUUACGUCAUUAUAGCAGCCGGAGCAGGAGGUUUCUCGUACUUGGCUGGUGAUCUGAUUGAUAGGCUCAUCAAGAAAUAUGGCUGGUUUGAGGAAAGCUCAGCCGUGAAUCUGAAUCUGCCCCUUCCUGAGAUGAGUUUGGCAAAACCAGCAUGGGGAUCCUCUUGAAAUGGUAGGUUCAGAUCAUGGAAGUUAGAAGAAUAUUUGGUUUCAACACUAAUUUCAUUGUUCACAAUUUUUAUUUUAAUCUUAAUUUCUUGAUCUUUUUAA